AUGAGUUCCUCGAGUUUGUUUAUAAGCACCGAGCAUCAGUCUCAGGAAUUACGUCGAGUGACAGCAGGUGAAGAAGUUGGAACUCGUUAUAUUCCGCCCUGGACCACGCCUUAUAUCAUUGGAAUCGGUGGUACUUCAGGAUCUGGAAAAACUAGUGUAGCUGCCAAAAUAACUUCCUCGAUAAACACACCGUGGACUGUUCUAAUGUCAUUAGACAACUUCUACAAGCCUUUGACACCAGAAGAGCGCAAAAGGGCACUGGAAAACAGCUACGAUUUUGAUGAGCCCAGUGCAAUAGAUUUGGACCUCGCGUAUAAUUGUAUCAAGAGCUUAAAGGAGGGCAAGAAAACUUGUAUCCCGAUAUACAGCUUUUCCGAACAUAACCGGGUUCCGGGCAAAUCCGUUUCUAUUUACGGAGCGAGCGUUGUAGUCAUCGAAGGUAUCUAUGCCCUUUAUGACCAGCGCCUAUUGAAUCUUAUGGAUUUGAAGAUUUACGUCGACGUGGAUCUGGACGUGUGUUUGGCCAGAAGGCUUUCAAGAGAUAUUGUUUCUAGAGGCCGAGAUCUCGAAGGAUGUAUCCAACAGUGGGAACUAUUUGUUAAACCUAAUGCCGACAAGUACGUCAAGACAACUAUGAAAAAUGCAGAUGCUAUCAUUCCUUCGCUUGGGAACAAUGGUGUAGCCACGCAGACCCUAAUCAAUCACAUAAAGUCGAAAUUGCAAUUGAAAUCUCGCAAACACCUGGAAGAACUGAGCAGACUCGGCCAGGUUGAGAAACUCAAACCCCUUUCUCAGCUGCUUAAUAUUCACCAGCUAGAAUCUUCCAGUCAGGUUGUGGCUUUGAAGACGGUCAUUUUAGACAAGUAUACGUCGCGCGAUGAUUUUGUCUUUUACUUCGACAGAAUUGCAACAAUUUUGGUCUCUUGGGCAUUAGACGACAUACCAGCACACGCCAUGAAGACUAUUGUAACGCCAAACGGUGUUACUGUGGAAUCACCCAUGGUUGACUUCGAUAAAGUCACCUCCAUUAAUAUCGUGCGUUCGGGAGAUUGUUUUAUGAGAUCUCUCAAGAAGACCGUACCUAGUAUGGCUCUCGGUAAAGUGCUAAUUCAGUCAGAUUCUCACACAGGGGAGCCUCAACUGCACUGUGAAUUCGUUCCUCCGCAUAUUGAAGACUAUGAACAGGUACUCCUGGUCGAGGCCCAAAUUAUAUCUGGAGCUGCUGUCAUCAUGGCAGUCCAGGUGCUAUUGGACCACGGUGUAGCACUCAACAAGAUCAAAGUUCUUGUAUAUCUGGCGACAGAGGUGGGGAUACGAAGAAUUUCCAAUGCAUUCAACAAUUCUGUGCAAAUAUACGCCGGUGAAAUUGUUCCGACUGAGGCGCUAGGUACAGACCACUGCAAGUGGGCGAGAAAGCGCUUCAUCGACUCGAGGUACUUUGGAUGCGAUUGA